CUGAGAUAACCCCGAACUACCCAUCACAGAUCAGAAGUUCAUUCGAGAAAAUGCCUGUCAAUCCGCUCCUCCCAGACGACCAGAUCAUACAUUCCUUCACAGAGGAAGAAAAGACCUUCUACGACUGGUAUACCGCAAACGUUGCCAUGCUCCACGCAAUGCAGCAAAAGCCUAAGGAGUUUGGGAUGUUCCCAGGCAUCAAGGUCAAAGAGGACGCUUGGCCCGAUCCCGAGAUUCGCGACCGCUACUGGGAGUGGGAGACAGCUUGGUGUCGUAGAGAACGCCACAGGAUGAAGAUGGUAAUCCCGCAAUCCGAAUUCUUUGACAAAAUUUCGGCGACAAACUUCUGGAGCGUCUCAGCCAGAGCAGAGCAUCUGUGGAUGAUGGAGAUGCUGAACACCCCGUAGUGUCUCCUUGGGGAGAGCGACUUUGGCGGCGCCCUGUCCGGUUACGCCAUAGAAACCGGACCUGCUUAUCUGUAGCCAAACUACGAGGACGAGAGCGACCUCGACUUGGUGCAUCGAAAUAUCCUCGCCAUCAAUACCAACAUCAGAGUAGAAGGCGAGUUCACCCAAUGUCAAGACAACACCAUCCCAACCACACAGGCAAGCCCACAGAAGCGCCGCAGAAUGGCAGACAGCUCUGGUGGAG